CCGCUGCUGCUGCUGCCGUGCAUCGUGUUACUCUCGACGAUUUGCGAAGGCAAACACUAUGGCGAGGUUGUAAAGCCGCAGGAGAUGGAGCCCAUGCCCGCAAGUCUCGGCAAUUCUAUAAUCCGAGGUAUGCCCUUCACACGUGGACGCCGCCGGCAACGCCGACACACGUACGUACGUAUGUCCUUCGAAGAAGGAACGCUUUUUAAUACAAUCUCCCGGGUUGUGGCGGGACUGUGA